UAAAUAAUUUAACUGUAAUUAUACAAGGGUAAUGGGUACAAGUACUACAACCUUAAGUCCCACUUCCUGUUGGUAAAACUGCGUUCUUGUGAGAUUGUUUACCAGUUCCUCGCUCUAAGGACCAAUGGAAACAAUGCCAUCAGCUGCAAUCCUGGAGCCAGGACCCAUAUAUUUUUUUGACCAGCUGAAAACUAGAAAAAGAGAACGGAGCAAGAAAAUACCAGCAGAACGGCCCACUGACUUCAGUUCAUUCCACACACAUUCGCAGUGGGUAGGCUUAAUUCCCAGCUUGGUCAAAUGCAAGAAGACUGAUUGUAGAGAAGACUAUAUGGAAAGAAAUGAAGAUUUAUUUUUAAAAGAUGAUACUGAAAGAAGAGUGAAACAUCCAGUUGUGUGUCAAACAUCUGCCUAUUCCCUAUUCAAUACCAAGAGCAAGGAUCCCAACUCAAAGAUUUCUCAGAUGCCUUCAACUCUUCCAGAAGAUGAAGAUCCACAGCUGAGCCAGUUGGAUGAAUACAGAUACACAGUUCUCACCAUGUUACAGGAACUUGCAGAAAUUUUGCAUUUCUUUACUAGUUAUGAAAUAAUUUUCCCUCAGGGACUUAUAAAUGUCCUGAACUAUAGCUGGAGAGAGCUCUCUGAAGGUGCUGAUUACAGCAAAUGGUGCCGGAAGUCACUAACAUGCCAAAGCCAAAGCCUGGGGAGAGGCCAAGCAUUGGAUGAAUAUGAUAAGAUGGUUCCUAGGUCUGAAUGCAUAAGCUAUGAAACUGCUGAAAAUGCAAAAGUUCAUCAGCAUAAGAGUGGCGUUUUACAUGGUGCAAAGGAAAAAAGAAAUCUGGAAACUGCAUCAAGUAGGACUCUAGGAAACAAAGCUCCUGUUGCACAACAUGCUACCCAGUUACCUAUCACAAUCAGUUUCUCACUAUCAUCCAAACACUGUGAGGAAAGAGGUUGGAUUUUUCAGCGUUCUGACUCAAAGUCAGAAGAUCUUGACUGGAAAAUACCAUGUGUCUGGGCAGUGGAGAGACUCCGACAAGCACAGCUACAAAUAAAUGAUCAGCUAUCCAAGCUGAAAGCUGCAGGAUUUGACAAGCCAGUAAUUCUCCGCCACUAUGGUGAUGGUGGGAGAGAAAUCUUCAACAAGAAAUUUAAGAGACAGAGCUCUAAAACAUUCACAUUUGAGCUGCUGAAUGGAAAACCACAAAUACCAACAAUUAAGCAGAUGGAUCCAGCAUGGAAAAAACUGCAUUACGGGCUAAUUGACGGCUCAUCAUUGGUUUACUAUCCUUCUGAGCAUCUGGCAGCUUGCCAAAGCUAUUCUGAUCUCCCAGGUGGGGGCGUAUACACCAACAUAUUCAGUGACUCUCCCAGUCAGACCAUACUUGGAACCUUUACACCUUCUGGGCAUGGCAGUAUUUGCUUUUCUAACAGUAACACUGUAGCAAUGAUGUUUAAUCAGCAAGGAGGCAUGAUGACUAACAAAGAUGGAGAAAUAAUCAGAAAAUGGAAAUGGCCUCGGGAGGGAAAGCUUAGUGAGCCAGUUAUAAUACAGGUUAAUGAAUACAUCACUGUGAGGAUUGCAGGGCGCUUUGCUAUUAACAUGGUCUACAAGUGGCAACAUGAAAGUGUGCGUUUGUCUUUGUCACCUGUACAGGGUACAUCUCCUCCACAGUUAGAAGACCUGGGCCAGAUAGUCACCAGGAUUAACUUUUCAUCCAAAUCAGCAAAAGACUUCUGUAAUGAAAACAGGAAAAAAUUAAAGGAGAAAGAAACAAAGAAGGUUCAAAAGAAAGAAUCAAGGUUGGCAGAGCCGCUGAAGACGCUUGAAAUUCUAGAGGAGAAUAUAAACCACAGAAAUUAUUUCAGUGCAGCCAGAGAAUUAAGAAAGCUGCAGCAAAAGAUCAAAAAUAUUCUAGAUGACUGGAUGGAGUAUUAUCAAAUGGCUUUGGGAAUUGACUCAGACAUUCACAAAAUGCCUGAUCUUUCUCCAAGAACCUUAAGAAAAUGCCAGAAUCAGUCUGUAGAUAUUCCCUUGGCUAACUCAACUGUAUGGAGACCACAGGAAGAGAGGAGAGAGGACAGUACAGCUGCCAAGUCAGAAAGCCCACUUCUGUUGGAUUGUUUCCAGCUAGCUCCUGCUUGCAACAUGCAGUGGGAGCCAUCAUCUUAUUCUCCCAGAGUUUCCACCUUACUAACCAGCAGUAUCAAUGUAGAUGCGCCACAUGUGACUCAGUUCAAUUUAAAUAAAAGCACACAUGUAUUACAGAACUUCUGCAGUUCAGGUGAUAAUAUAUUCAUUAGCGCUUGCCCUGCUGUCCUUCGGAGAAAAAUGAUGGGGCAGGAAGGAAAGAUAUGUAGGUGCAGUAAUCAUCAGAUGCCAUAUGUGUCAGACCUGGAGUAUGAUCACCUUAUUAACAACCAGAUGUCUUCCCAGGAACAAAUCUUAGUGGUCUGUGUAUCUUCUUCAUUGCAAACAAACGAGGAUCCUAGGGAAGACGAAUUAGAGCAGCUAUAUGAGAAAAAGAACAGGAACAGAAGUAUGCCUUGUGUUCAGGGUCGUCUGGACUCCUUCCGCCUCCUUAAAUAUGACAUCAGCACUGCAGAUGAAUUUACAGGUCAUAAAGGCUCUUUACUGGUACAAAGGCAUAAUGUUGCUCCUGGCAUGUUUUUGAUGUACAUUCAAGGAAAGCUUAUUUUUGCCAACUAUAUUUUCAAUGGAUACAGCAAGUCAGUGAAAGACCUUCAAAAACAAAUAGCUAAGACCAGGAGUGAUUACCACAUGGGCUACUGUUUACCGAAAGAUUUCAAAUUCAG